GUUUUAGUGACCUCUGAAGCGUAAAAUCGUAAGUUUUUAAGUUUUAAAAGCGCGAUUUUGACUACAUUGCUUCCAGUAAUCUCUGAAGCCAAACCAUUUCUGAACUCACUUCUGACAUUGACCUAUAUUCUGCUUUUGUAGAAUACUUAGAAACCUUGUCUUGUUUCCUGCAACGACAAGACACAAAUGAUUUCCCAAACUGAAUACACCAACCAGAAGUAGAUCGACGUGUAUCCUGACAACCAGCAUAAUCAGCAUCUGCAAGUGCUUUUAUAGUCGAUUCACCUUCUGUAGGAAAGAACAAACCGAAGUUUGAAGUAUGCUUCAAAUACCUUAAUAUCCUGUUCACGACAUCCUGAUGACUAGUUCUCGCAAUUCGCACAAACUGGUUCACAACCUGUAUUGUGUAAGAUAUGUCAGGCUGCGUAUGGGUUAAUUAAAUAAGACUCCCCACAAUGAUUCUAUAAAAUGUAUGAUCCUCCGAUAGUUCACCACUGUCUCUACUCAACUUCAUAUUUUCUUCCAUCGGUGUAGAGCAUGGACGGUAAUCUGAAAAUUCUGCGGCAGAUAAGAGAUUAGAGAUAUACUUCUUUUAACUAAUAAAAUAACCUGCAUCAGACCUUACUACCUCCAAUCCAAGGAAGUAUGAAACAAGUCCUAACUCCUUGAGAUUAAAGGCAUCUCAUAAGGAUGCGGUUAGUUCCUGAAUUCUUUCUCGAUCACUCCCUGUUACCACCAUGUCGUCUAUGUAUAGGAGAAAUACCACGAUGCCAUCCACUGUCCGCCGGGUAACAUUGAGAGAUCAUUCUGACUCUGAUUGAAUCCUGCCUGCAGUAUCGUACCAUGAAACUUCUCGAACCAUGCUCUUGGGUCCUGUUUUAACCCAUAUAAUGAGCGCUUCAGUCUGCAAACCAUACCUGGACCACCCUUCGUAUCACCGGUAUGGCAUUAGUCUACGGAGAGGAUCUCACUCUCAGGUUUUAGGUGCUUAUUAUUUUGUUAAUCUUCUGUUACAGUUUACAAUGAUAUUUAUAGGUUUGCUAUGACAAACUCUAACUACAAUUACACUUUGGUACCUAUAUUUUAACAGUAAUGGGGCAGGUGGGGACGCAUAUCUCGAUAUCCAUACUCGCCCCAUAACAAGUCAUGAUAUCAUGAAGCACGGAUUGAGACAGGUUGACCCUAUAUGGAUAUGUAAUUUAAAUGAAAAAAUUAAAAAAUGCAUUUGCUUAUAAAAAAAAUAAAGAACCAUAUAAUAAUAUGAUUAAUGUAGUUAAAUUAUUGGCAAAAUACAUUUGUAUAGCCAAAACUUUCGCGUUUGUGUCAAUAAUAGCCAUAUUUAGAGAAAUACCACUUAUAACCAUUUCCGUCCAAUACUUUAACAGUGUCAUCUAAAGAGCUGGACAAACAGAAAUUCUGACUUGACAAUAUUGCUUCAACAAAACUGUCACAUAGAUUAAUAAAAAAUAAAAAAUAAAUGGAAAAAUAAUUGAAGAAUAAAUUUAACCACAAACGGGAAACCCCUUCCUUCGAUGAAACCCACAGGCCCCAAACCAUUUUUAUUUUCUAUCUCUUCUUUCCCCUUCUCUCUCCUCCAUUCUUUCACCUCCGUCGCAACCACAAACACCUUUCAUCUAGAAACUUCUGCUUCAACCCUGCCGAUCCACCCCGCCGAUCCACCUCUUCCCCCGCCCGCCGCCGCCUCUGCCCUCGCCGUCGCCUCCACUGCAACCAAAUCGAUCUAGAAACUUCUCAUUUGCUUCUUAUCCAGUCCCAGUCCAAAUGUCCCUGUCGCCAUCGAGAGAAGGGGAGAGGAGAACUGUCCAUGCAGGAGAUCGGAGAAGGGUAUUUCUUUUUCGUAUUUCUGGUUCUAUGACAGCACAACUCUUCUUCCCUUCUCUGAGUCAGAGUGUGGUUUGGGUUGGGCGGGGAUGGGAAAUUGGAAUUAGCGGAGCUGGGGCUCGGAUCUACGAUUUUUGUUUUAAUUUUGGGAAGCUUCAACACUUGUUUCGCUGGCGAAACUCGCGCGUUCAAUGCGUUCUAUUUUCAAGGAGACAAAAACACCAAGUCAAUCACAAUCGUCAAAUAUCCGCCGCUGAAUGUCGGCGCCGUUGAUUUGAUCGAUUAAACAGAAACCAAGAUGACUGUCAAAUAUCCACCGCCGGCGUCGGCGAUGUUGAUUCGAUCAAUGCACCCUUGACUUCUAAUCAAACAACCGUUACUCGGUUCACCACCUCUCCAAACUACGUUCGAACGAGGGUGUUCAACGAGAAACGAGAAACCAAACCGGGAGUGUUCUAAGUUACGUUACCUCUACUCCUAUGGAGGUUCCUCUGGAGAGUUCCGCGACUACGACUACAAGCUACAAUCUACGACUCUGCAAAGGAGGUCUUUGACAGAGCAGUUCUACCAACUAGAGAGAAAAAAGAUAAAUUCUGCGACGGUGCAGUUGUGAUUUGAUUUUGCCGUCUCGAGCUUCUCUCUCUUCCCAAUCUUUAUACUUCGCGCUUCUCCCCCGUCGUAGUAACUGCCUUCGCGCCUUUGUCUCCCACGUUUUCAUUCCUGUCAACCGUGCAGGUAACUUCCUCCUUGUUGCGUGAUAAUCACGUGCCCUCGAAACCGCUCUUGCUUUCUGCCAAUACCACGACAUCGCCUUUCACCAACCGAUGCCGUUUUAUAAUCCAACUCAACUGCCCCGACCCGGUUUAACCAACGACAUUGUUAGUCCAUUAAACAACGUCGUUCUCUACUCUUGCGCCGUCGUUGGGCUUGGCGGGCUGCCUUUGGCCGAACUCUUACCACUACCGCGAUGUCGUUUUACUUUUCCGCGGCAUCGCUUUUCAUUAAACGACACCGUCUAAAAUACUCAUAAAAUACUAAUUAAUUAAAUCAGCCCUCAUUGUUAACUCGCCGUCAAACUCUCACCCCUCGGCAUCGUUCUUAGUUAAACAACAUCGUUUCUUUGUCCCGCGAUGUCGUUGAGUUUUUGAGCUUCGCGACACUGUUAUAAUUUUAACACUGUCGUUUUAACUGCUGCGGCAUCGUUUAGCCUACUCGCGGUAUUGUUUUAUAAUCCGCGGUGUCGUUUCUUUCCUCUUGCGGCAUCGUUUUCAACUAAACGACACUGUCCUAAAAAAUCAUUAACAUAUUAGUUAAUUAAUCCGGCUAUCACUAGUCAAACUCGUGUGUUGACCAACGACAUCAUUAGCGCCCAAAACGGCUACGUUUGCCUUUCCCUUCGCGACAUUGUUUUUUAUUUAACCACUGUCGUUUGCUAAUCCGCGGUACCGUUGGGCUUACCCGCGGUUUGAAUUAAACGACACCGCCGAUAAGCCACAAAAUAUUAAUCCAUGGAACCGCCGCAGUCGGAGCGCGCAUUGGGCUGGGUGAAUUUUGGUCACUUGCCCGAUAUGAUUUUUAAUUAAUCGGUACCGCUUAC